AUGGAAAUAACAUGCAAUAACUUCAAGGAGAUUUAUCGUGACCUCGAAAAUGUGGUGAAAAGAAGGCCUCGUUUGUUGGCAAGUUUUGACGAUUUGGCAAAAUUUCUUAUAAAAUAUCGAAAGCAGCGGGCCUCUGUGCAGCGAUUCCCACCCAUUCAACUCGGCAUCGCAUUUUUUACAGCACACGACUCGGGCUUCAAAGCAGUGAAUGAAUUGGCCGGUGCAUCGGACAUUGUAAUGGCAAUUAUUGAGAAUCGGCUGCCAAUCAUCGGCCACAAUUGUCUCUUUGAUCUCCUUUACUUGUACUCAACAUUUUAUUGCAGAUUUUGCCUGAUGACUACGAGAAAUUCAAAGAAGUUGCGACUGCCGUUUUCCCGAUUGUCAUCGACACAAAGAUCUUGGCGGAAGAAAGCAAAAAUUGAGGCCCCAAGUCGACUCGGCACUUUUCCAACAUUUGAGUAUUCCCACACGGAUUUUCGGUUACUGGAAGGGGCAUCGCGACGGAAUAAAUAUAAACGAACAACCUUUCACAAUGCGGCCUAUGAUGCUUUGGUGACCGGGCAAGCCUUUGUGAAAUUGGGUCAUCUCAUUGCUAAACCAAGUGGAAAUCCAAGCCCUCUCCCAUUUCGAACUCUUCUAUACACGGUUCCGCCCAUUUGCGUGUCGGAUUCCUGUGGCGUUGUGAGGCAAAAAUCGUAUGGUUUGAUGGUACGACUUGCCACCAACACUGAUACUAUUCUAUGCCUCGUUCCUACUCCGUCAGCUCGAACGAUUCGCAAGGCAGUAAAUCUCAAUAUGGUCUUCAGAAGAGGAGCGAUGAUGGCUCCACACUCUCUACUCAGGAUCUCCAAUGCUUCGAUGGUUGGU